AUGGGAGAAGUGAUUAGUUUAUCAUUUGGACAGGAUUCCAAUCAUAUUAUAACCCAUCUAUACAACGCUCAAGAGUCACUAAUUCCGUAUACACCUGAUGCUAUAGUUAAACACGAUUUACAAGUAUUUUUAUCAAGAUUUAAAUCAUCUACCUCUACGUCAACUUCAUAUUCACCAAGAGCUUUAAUAUAUGAUCUACGUAAUGGAUUAGGAUCAUUAAACAAAUAUGAAUAUCAUGAAUCAAUUCCACAAUUGAAUCUACCUAUAUUGAAUGAUCGAAGACCACCUAGUAAAAAUGAGUAUCAAUUAAAAUUAGAUCAAGGAGUCACUGAUGGAUCAUUGUUAAAUACUCAAAAUACUACAUAUUGGACAGAUUAUAAUAAAUUGAUAUAUAAUCCAAAAUCUUUAAAUACACUAACAAAUUUUAUUCAAUCUCCUAAUUCCAAAGGUCACCAUUAUAAUUUUGAUAAAUUAAAAUUUGACUUCUUUAAUAUUGGACAGGAAGAAUUUAAAGAGAAUAAUAAUGAGGAUGACGAUAAAUUAAUAGAAGAUUUUAGAUAUUUCUUAGAGAAAACAGAUGUUUUACAAGGACUACAAUUGUUUACAAAUAUAGAUGAUGCAUGGGGUGGUUUCACUAGUGAUAUGGUAUUACAUUUAAUUGAUGAAUAUUUCAAUAAUAAUAAUAAAAUGAAUUUAUGGAUUUAUGGUAUUCUUGAUCACACUCAAGGAAAUACCAUUAAAAAUAAAGUAUCAAGGAUUAAGACAUUGGUGGAAUUAACUAAACAACUGAGUUUAAUGUUUCCAAUGGAUUUAAACAAUUUAAAACAGAAUUCUUUGUUGACAGAAAAAUUUGAUGAAAUUUCUUGGUGGCAUAAGUCAAGUAUACCAGCCAUGUUUAUUAAUUCAAUUUGGGGAUUGAAUAAUCAACAAGAAGGUCAAAUUAAUAUGUCACAUUUACAAAGUAAUAUCCUGAAAUAUAAUGAUAAUCGUAAAAUAAUAAAUGAAAUUAAAAUUGUUGGAGAAAAUGAAUCAAACAAUAGUGAUAUGAUUAUGCAAGAUAUUGAUAUUACAAAAUUUGAUUUCAGUACUUUGGGAAAUAAAACAAAAUCAGAAGAAAUCAAUUUAGGUGUUUCGAAAUCAACCAAUCCAAGAAACUUUGUAAAGAAUUAUAUCAGAUCUAAUAAACUUGAGAUUGAUGAAGAAGAAGAAGAAGAAGACACAUAUGAGUAUGUCAACCCAUAUAUUAACAUUAUACUCGAUGUUGAUACAUUCCCAGUGGAUAUAUUAUCUUCAGGAAAGAAGACAAAGUUUUAUGCUGAAUUCAAUAUGCACGAGGGAUUGAAGACAUAUCUUAAACCAUAUGAGAAACUUAUUUACAACAUCCGUAAUCAAUUUGAGGAUAUAGUCGAAGAUAAAAACGAGUUGUUAGAAGAUUUGAGUAACAUUAUUCAAGAAUACUCAUAUGGUUACGAAUCUGAUGAAGAUUACGAAUAA